AUGUCCAGCCCCGAAGCACACCAGAGCCAUGUCGAGGAUGAGGAGAUCAAACGCCCUGAAGAAGCUGGCAAUUCUCCCGAAGAGAAGGAAAAGCCAGAAAACCAGCGGAGUCCAGCGAAGAUGUCUGAAACAAAUGAUGCACCAUUCUCAGUAUACAGUGUGGGUGCUAGGAGAGCGAUUGUCUUCGCUGCGUCGCUCGCUGGCUUCUUCUCACCACUGUCCGCGAGCAUCUACUACCCUGCGCUGCCCCAAAUCGCUCGAGAUUUCAACGUAUCGAAUGCCAAAGUCAAUUUGACGGUAACUACAUACCUGAUCAUUCAAGGACUCGCACCCAUGAUUACGGGAGGCUUUAGCGACACUGCGGGGAGAAGGCCGGCAUACUUCGUCUGCUUUACUAUAUACUUCUUCGCAUGCUUGGGUCUUGCAAUACAAAAUAAUUAUGUUGCCCUGCUCGUCCUCAGAUGCCUGCAGUCCGCUGGUAGCAGCGGCACGAUCGCGAUCGCCAACGGAGUCGUCAGUGACAUCGUGACACCGCAAGAGCGGGGCGCCUUCAUUGCAUUUGCGUCGCUAGGUACGAUUCUCGGCCCGUCCGUCAGUCCCGUCAUCGGCGGACUUCUCGCCGAAUAUCUGGGGUGGCAUUCAAUAUUCUGGUUCUUGGUCAUCUUCACCGGAUCCUUCUGCGUCCCGUUCUUCGCAUUCUUUCCGGAAACCUGCCGCAAGGUUGUCGGUGACGGAAGUGCUUUCCCGCCUCCACUAAACCGAUGCUUGACCGACUAUGUUCGACGACGGAAACGGCAAGAAAACAACGACCCCCCCACUCAGCCUCCGCCCGGAAGACAAAAGAUAACCUUCCCAAAUCCAAUGCUCACUCUCAAGGCGUUCGCUGUCAAGGAAUCAGCUAUGCUUCUCGUACCAGCAGGGCUAUCGUUCGGUUCAUACUACGCCCUGCUCACUGGUGCAUCAGACACUUUCAAGACAGUCUACGGCUUCAGCGAAGUCAAAGUCUCGCUGAUGUACAUCCCGCUUGGAGCCGGGGGCAUCGUCUCAGCAUUCAGCACCGGAAAACUCGUCGACUGGAACUUCCAGCGGCAUGCACGCCGGCUCGGCGUCAGGCUCGUGCCCAACCGACGCCAGGACCUUUCCAACUUCCCUAUCGAAAAAGCACGUCUGCAAAUCGCACUUCCGAUAUUCUGCUUGGGCUCCGCGUGUGUCAUCAUCUACGGCUGGGUCAUCGAAAAGCAGUACACUGUCGCGGCGCCCAUCAUCCUUAUGUUGGUCAUGAGCUGGGCCAUUUCUGCUUUCUUCCAGGUGCUCAAUGUCCUCCUCGUCGAUACGUAUCCCGGACGGGGCGCUGCAGUCACUGCGGCAGUCAACAUAGCGCGCUGCGAGGUCGGCGCUGCUGCGGCCGCGGCUAUCAGCCCGAUGACGGAGGGCGUGGGGGCGGGCUUUGCGUACACUAUAAUCGCACUGAUCACGUUCGCGACGCUGCCGAUGCUGCUUUUGGCGGCGAAGUUUGGUAUGAAGUGGCGGGGAGAGACGGCGGACAAGGAAAGAAAGAAGGCGGAGGAGAAUCAAGAAAUGGGUCGCUCGAGGCUGCGUGGGGUUAUUCAACCCCCAAUCAUCAGGCGCAGGUUGCUCGACAAGGCGGUUUGA